GGUGCAGGGCGCUCCGCGGGCUCCCCUGUCCCUCCCUGCACAUCUGCGUCGCGCUUCUGUUUAGUUAUUAUAAUUUUAUAAAGAAAAAAAAAAAAAAAAAACAAAACACCUUAUUUUUAAUUUUUUUAAAAUUUAUUUUUCUUUUCGCGCCGAAACUUUCGUGCCGCGGGAGGAGGCGAGAUGUGGAGGAAGGCGUUCCUGGCGGCCGUGUGCCUCUGCGUGCGCUGGGUGGCUGCUCUCGGCGCAAAAGAUGAAAACAAUUUUGAGGGAAUCGAGAGCAAGUUUUCUUUACGGACGCCUGCAGAUCCUGAUGAGGACAUCUGCUACCUGGUUCCUGGGCAGGUGAACAGCCUGGCACGGUGCAACUUCAACCAUACCAGUAAAACUUUUGUGGUGAUCCACGGGUGGACGGUGACAGGGAUGUAUGAAAGUUGGGUCCCGAAGCUGGUGGAUGCUCUGUACAAGAGGGAACCUGACUCAAACGUCAUUGUGGUGGACUGGCUAGUUCGAGCUCAGCAGCACUAUCCAGUGUCUGCUGCAUACACCAGGCUGGUGGGAAAGGAUGUUGCUACGUUUAUUGACUGGCUGGAGGAGCAAUUCAAUUAUCCUCUCAACAAUCUCCACUUGCUGGGGUACAGUCUAGGUGCCCAUGCUGCUGGGAUUGCUGGGAACCUGACCAAAAAGAAGGUGAACAGAAUUACUGGCCUGGAUCCUGCUGGUCCUACCUUUGAGUAUGCUGAUGAACUCACCCGCCUCUCCCCGGAUGAUGCUCAGUUUGUGGAUGUCCUACACACCUACACCCGAGGCUCUCCAGACCGCAGCAUUGGGAUCCAGAAGCCUGUUGGACACAUUGAUAUUUAUCCCAAUGGUGGAGGUUUCCAGCCAGGCUGCAAUUUGGGAGAAGCGCUGCGUCUGAUUGCUGAGAAAGGCCUUGGAGAUGUGGAUCAGCUGGUGAAAUGCUCCCAUGAAAGAUCCAUCCACCUCUUCAUUGACUCUCUCCUCAAUGAAGAAAAGCCCAGCAUGGCCUACCGCUGCAACACAAAGGAGGCCUUUGAGAAGGGGCUCUGCCUGAGCUGCCGAAAGAAUCGCUGCAACAAUUUGGGUUACAAGGUGAACAGAGUGAGAACAAAGAGAAACACCAAAAUGUAUCUGAAGACCCGUGCUCAGAUGCCUUAUAAAGUCUUUCAUUACCAGGUCAAGAUCCAUUUCUUUGGGAAGACUAACAUGACCAAGACAAACCAGCCAUUCCUGAUCUCUCUCUAUGGCACUCUCGAUGAGAGUGAGAACAUUGCUUUCACACUGCCUGAAGUCUCCUCAAACAAGACCUUCUCCUUCCUGAUUUACACAGAAGUGGAUAUUGGAGACCUGCUUAUGCUGAAGCUGCAGUGGGAAAAAGACACCUUCUUCAGCUGGGCAGACUGGUGGACUUCUUUUGCAUUUGACAUCCAGAGAAUCAGGGUGAAGUCAGGAGAAACUCAGAAAAAAGUGGUGUUCUGUUCUCGAGAUGGAACCUCACGUCUCGGUAAGGGAGAGGAAGCAGCAAUUUUUGUGAAAUGCUCGGAGCAGCCUGUCAACAGGAAGAGAGGAGGUACCAAGAAAGCCUCGAAAGAAAAUUCAGCUCAUGAAUCUGCUUAAGUGACAAGAACCAAGAUUUUUCACACUGGGGAGGAGGAGAGUCUGUUCAUUCCUGUGGACUGGAUGUUCAGAACCAAAUAUAUAGAAAUAUUUAUCUGCUGCUGGAUUUUUGCCUGCUAUUCCUAGCUAUUUUAGAGACUUCUUGUAAAAAGUCUCAGCAUAUGAAGUUACUAACCAUAAAGAUACAUUAUCCAAAUAGUUAAAAACAAAAAGAAACUUGCAAAACAGCUUGCCAGAGUUUGGAGUGCUGAAAAGAUAUAUGUAAUUUUGCUUAAUCAUGGUGCCUUGUGACAAGGUUUCUUGACAUCAGAUCCUAUAUAGCAAUUUUUUAAUAUUUGUUGAAAAGAAAAAAAAGCCCUGUACUUGUUGGGGUUUUUUUGGUUGUUGUUGUUUGGUUUGGUUUGGUUUUUUGGUGGUUGGGGUUUUUUUGUUUGUUUGUUUGUUGUUGUUGCUGUUUUCCCCCCUCUUUUUUUUUUGGGGUUUGGGUUGGUUUUUUUGGGAGGGGGUUGUUUGUUUUUUUUCUUUUGGUUAGUUGUUUUGUUGUUGUUCUUUUCAGGAGUCAUUUGAAACUAGACAGAUUUUCUUCUGUCUCAGCUAACUGAAUUUCCAGGCAGUUCAGUGGAGAGAGAGUUCAUCAUUUCAUCAUUCUCAAGUGUGUGUUUAGCAAAUAAGUGGGUUUCCCAUGUGAAAAAAACCCACCUUUGUUGUGUGUAAUACUAGAAAGUGUCAGGGACUGACUUAAUAUGGGGAUGAAUUUUUUAGUUUGUGGUUAUGAAUGUAUUUAAUUGGGGGUAGAUGCCAGUGCUGCUUAGCAAUAGGUAUGAUCUGUUAAGCUAUAUACUUCUAUGCCGCUUACCCUGGAAUAAAUAGCAGCUGGAGGAGAAGGUAGCAGUGCCAGUGUCUUAUGCAGACAUUUAAUAUUUCAUCUGUGCCUUCAGUUAUUGCAAAUGAAACUGUCUAGCCUUCAACACUGUGAAAACGGAACUGCAGAGAAAUUGAGCUACCAGAAAAUGCAGGAAACAGAUAUUUCCCCUACCCUCCACCCUCUCCCUGCUUGCUUGCGUCAUGUAUGCCAAAACUGUCAUAGUUUCUCUGGUCUUUGACUCCAAAUGUCAGUCAUGCAGCUGAGUGGCUGCUGUGUGCAGUUUUCAGGGCAGGUGAAUCCACAUGAUAGCUGACAAGGAUGCUCAUACUUCCCUGUACUGGAAUUGUGACUGCCAGUGAUCCACCUCUGUUUAUUGGCUGAUACAGUGCUGGGAGCUGCUUAGUUUUCUGCCAUGAGAUGGAAUUCAGCUGGAAGCAGGAGCUGAGCCAAUUAAAAGCAGCCUGAUUGUGUGCUCUACAAGAAGUGCUCUGAAAAACACCCAAAUUAGCAAUGCUGCAAGUUUAAAAAAAAUAGGUAUAUUGAAGGCAGUCUGCUUCCCCAUUUUUAAGUAACAUAGAAUUUUUCUAGUGUGCUGAAAGAUGCAAUAGCAUUUUACUUUCUAGAGGGUACACAAAAUGCUAGGGAGGUUCAAGGGCUUGAAAGCAGACAUUUGGAAAAGUGUAAUGUCAGCUAUUGAUGCUGGGUGUUGUAGUUUUCUCCUGCAUGUGCAAGACAGUAUGGAGAUGGUGAUUUCUCCAACAACAUCCCAUCUUAAAAGCAAAGAAAAAAAAAAGUAUGUUUAUGUGCAAAAUUUGUUUUCUAUUUCCAACUGUAGCUGCUAGUAUAUUUGGGGAUAAAAGUCUUAAACAGUGCAAUAUGUUGGAAUAUUAAUAGCUCUGAAUUUGCUCACAUUUGAUUUCACAUUUGUUUAAACUACAGCAGAGAUGUGAUGAGUCACUGAGGGUGGGGUUGAGUAUUGAGCCACUUCAUUUGAGACCUCUAAAAAUAAAUACAGUGAUUUAUUCCCCAUAGAUUCCACAUUUUGUUGCAAUUUUCUCUUAAAAGUAAAAUUCUUCUACGAAGUAUCUGGACAGCUGUGCUUUUAAUACAGGAUCAAAUACAAACACAUUUAGAAUUUGGAUACAAAACAGUGAAAGUUCUUUUCAUAAGGAAACAUGAUUUAGCUUUGGAUGUUAUUUAUUAGCUGUAAAUAAGAUAUUUAUGAGUGUAAAAGUAGUUUGUAUAUAUUGCUAAAGUUGCUGACAGUCUCUACAUUAAUACAGUUAUGUGGUAUUAAUCCUGUAUAUAGCUUUCAGAGAUUUUUAUCAACAAGCUACUUACAUUGCAUUGUUUCUUAUGUAGUUAAUACUUUUUUUUUUUUUAGAAGUCUCCUCAGUUUUGUAUAGAACAGAAACAUAUGGUUUUAAUAAAAUUCUCAAACUGAAUCUGAAGUCACUACUUUCUUUUUGAUGAUACCAUCUGCUGUAUAACUUUUAUGUGAAGGCCGGAGCCUGUUCUUGAA